CCAAGGCUGUCGUGUUAUGACGACCCCCAACAAAGGAAACAAGGCCUUGAAGGUGAAGAGGGAGCCGGGCGAGAAUGGGACCAGCCUGACAGAUGAGGAGCUGGUGACCAUGUCUGUGCGCGAACUGAACCAGCACCUGCGGGGCCUGUCCAAGGAGGAGAUCAUCCAGCUGAAGCAGCGCCGGCGCACGCUCAAGAACCGCGGCUACGCGGCCAGCUGCAGAGUGAAGCGCGUCACCCAGAAGGAGGAACUGGAGAAGCAGAAGGCAGAGCUGCAGCAAGAAGUGGAGAAGCUGGCCUCAGAGAACGCCAGCAUGAAAAUGGAACUUGAUGCUCUCCGCUCCAAAUACGAGGCCCUGCAGAACUUCGCCAGAACCGUGGCCCGGAGCCCCGUGACCCCUGCACGGGGGCCUCUCACCUCCAGUAUGGGGCCCCUCGUCCCUGGCAAGGUGGCUACCACCAGUGUCAUCACAAUAGUGAAAUCCAAAACGGACGCCCGGUCUUAGUGAAGCGAGCGUUGCCUGAGCUUGUCUGUGCAGGGCAGUUAGGCACAAAACCAGCCUGGAAUCCCCAAAGCACAAGCCCUCCCCACAUGGGUCCGGGUUCCUUUGACUUGGCCCAGGACUGGCCUGCUGAUCGCUCCAGUUUAUUUUGUUGUGUCCAGAUUGGUAUGAGCAGUGGUGAUGCAUCCCUUGUCCUGUGCAGACAGAGCUUCCCACCCAGCAGUCUGUAGCCCUCGGAUGCCCUGGGGACAGGCUGUGAGAUUUUGGUUUUCUACCCAAAGAAAAUCUGUGCAGCGUGGCUGAGAGAAGGGUGGAGGAGUGGCCCAAGGAAAGCUUUCUUCCUGGGGGCUGGGAACCCUUAUUUUCAGUUACUUCCAAAGGCUUUAUUCCAUGACUCUUCCAGGUGGUGCAUCUCAGCGCCUGAACCUGCUGCUUUUGUCUCCUUUGGUACCUGUAGUUACAGUUGGAGUGUUCUGUGUCCUAGGUUUUAUUCCUUUCUAGGUGUGCCUCUGUGCCCUAGCCGUGGGUGUCCCUCGGGCCGUGCCGUUGGCUGUGUGAGCUGGCAGUGCUGGGGGACGGCGCUGCCGCGUGCGGAGCCCCCGCAGGGAGGGAGGGAGGGAAGGAAGGAAGGAAGGAGGGAGGGAGGCAGCAGCAGGACUGUGUGGACUGCAGGCCGGUUUUGUGCCUAAUGUGUUGCACUGAACAAGACCAAAAUCACUAGUUGUUCCCGUGUUUCGAGGGUAUCAAGUGUCUCUAGUGUGAUGGUUUACACAACCAGUUUAUGUGGUUAAAUAGCCCUUUAUUUAAAGAGAGAAACAUCAUUUUAAGAAUUAUUAAAUUAUCUAAGUUUAAAAUUGGACAGAAGAGAGAGCGUAUUUAUAGUCAGCUUUUUUACCUGAGAAGGCGAGAAUAUUUGACCAUAUGAGUGGGGAAAUAUUCUCAGAGACUUUGCUAGUUAAAAGUUAAUAAAUAAAUAAUUUUAAAGUUUCUCAUGAACCUCCCGCAAACUGUUUGUGGCUCUGAGGUUAGUUUUUAUAAAGAGUUAUCAGACUUUAUUUAUAAAACUUAGAAAAAGACAAAAAAAGAGGCAAGUCCUGUUUGAUAUCUUUUUGCAAUUGUACCAAAAGUGACUUAUUCUUGACCUGGCUAGUUUCUGUGGUGUCCCCUGGUGUUGGGCGCUCUCUCCCGAGCUCUCGUGCGGCGCUGUGGUGUGCUGGUGCCUUUGCCAUGUGCUGUCAUUUCACACUGUUGUCGUUUUCCCUAAACUCGACUGAGAGGGUGAGUUGCAAUCUCUCUGGAUUCCUCCAGAAGGGUUCUGGUGCACAGGCGAAGGCGCUGCUGCUGUUUUUGGAGGCAGGAACGGCUGGCUGGUGCAGCGAGGCCUGCCCCAAGGAGCUCCUGCUCAGCAGCCAGUGCCAGGCUAGCUCGGUUGUCUGGGGAGGAAAUCGCUGCGCUCUUGUUGUGCAGCAAACCUGUCAGAGAAGUACCGUGAGGGUCCAGGCUUAGGGGAACACUGAUGGGAUUGAGCUCUGGAAUUAGGUCCUGUGGUCAGAACUUGUGUUGUGCUCACCUCAACAAGAGGGGCAGCGUGGGACAGGCUAGUCCUGGUGUCUGCACAUUGCUGGCCAGCGAGCUGUGGCAGCCUCUCCAGGGCUUUAGGAGAGGGCUCAGACUCGCAGCUGGGAUGCAGCUGGGAAUCUGUCUGUGGCCAGGCUCUGUUUCCACAAACACUUUGACUUCCCUCUCCCCUUCCCAAAGAUCUGAGCUGAUUUACUGAGUUUUAGAGAAGCAGGGCAUGAGGGGGAAGCCCGUGUGGUCUCCUGGCUGCUGAAGAUCUGAGUGGAGGGGGCAGACUGGGGAAGCACGAGUGAAGCCACAGUCUGGUGGUGAGGUACAGCUGUCCUGGAUAGGUUUUGGGGGUGUUUCUGAGUGCUGAACUGAUACUGCUGUCCCCUGAGCAGAGGGGCAGGCAGCCUGAGAACAGCUGCAGUGUGGCUGCAGUGUGGAGAGGAGCCGGUAGCUGAUGGGGAUUUCCUGCUGGAGAUCAGCUUUGCUCUGAUUGAUAGGGAGUUUAGGGAGUUGUUUAGGAUGCUUUUCCAAGUAAACUUCCCAAAGGAGGAGCAGGUUAGAACAUUGCCUCCACAUGUCCCCCUUCUGGCCCUGGACUUUCUCUUCUCUGAAGUGUCUGGUGUGCCACUUGCAGCCAUUCACCACAGCCCACACACUGCGCAGCACUCAGCAGGCUCUGGUCUUCCAGCUGGUUGUGUGGUGACUGGGACAAGUGAGAUUUUACAGAACACAGAGGUGUCCAGUUGUCUUGGGGUCCCUCUUAGAGCCAGGCUGAGACUGAGCCAGGCAGAGCCCUUGGGACACAGCUGAGUCCUGAUGUGGGCCAGCGCAGCGGGCAGGGUGCGGAUGGGGCUGGCCAGGGUCUGGGUUCCACAGCUGGAGCCUCUGGUGUGAGGAGAGCCCGGAAGGGCGGCAGGCAAGGAUGGGCAGCCCUGCAGCCGCGGAGAGCUUGGGUUUGGUGGUGCCGGGUGUCGGGGAGCUGCAGCCGCUGCUGUGCCGGGGCCGGCAGCGCUGCUCGAGGACAGCCGCCCUUCCUGCAGCUUCCCCCGGGCCGAGGUGUGCUCAGGGAGCAGGGGAAGGGCAGGAGCAGCCGUGCCUCAAGGGAGGCUGAAGGGUGCCCCUGUGCUAAACGAGCUCCGUUUGCCGCGCUGGAUGUCAGCGAGGCCCCGGCGCCCUGAGCGUGGCUUGCCCGUGCUUUGGUUUUGUUCGCAGUGCAGUGUAGGAGCAGUGAUGGAUGGGAUGUGUCUCCGCAGUGUCCGAGCGCUGCGGUCCGGCUCCGGGCUGCCGUGCCCGUGCCCUGCCCGUGCCGGAGCCGUCGCGCCGCCUUCUCUCUCGUAUAUAGUGUUCUGGAGUGUGACAGUUCUUGUUCCUGAGGUGCUCGUCCGUUUGGUUUUCUGCUGUGAAGAGUGUCGUGUUCCCGUUCUCCUUUUCCUGGUGCCGUUCCGGGCCGUCGGGGAGGGGUCGGUCCUGCCCAGCCCCGCGGGAGCGCCCCCGGCCCGCCCGGGAUUUGUGUAUUGUGAAUUGUGUGCGGUCGCUCCCGGGCCGAGCCGGGGCUGGCGGGCAGGGGGUCCCGCCGGGGGCUCCGGGCUCGGUGCAGGCGGUAUUUAUUGCUAAGUUAUUGCCGUUAUUUAUUCUGUACAGUGUCGGCCGCCUUUGUACUGACAAUAAAGCGCUUCAACAGCC